CACACCACAGUAAUUCUGACAGCUACAGAAAGGAGGGCGGAGGACAGAGAGAGAGAGGAAUGCGAGACAUGAAGGAAUACCGAAUGUAGAAGACUUUUUUUCAGCGAGGAAAAAGUCCCAUGUAGAAGAAACUCCAGAGGAAAUAAGAAAACCACCAGCUGUCACCGAGAAGACGAAGCAUCGGACCCUGCUAACGUGACAUUCCUUCGUUGUCAGUGUAUCUCUGUCCUUCAUUCUUUCACCCAGCGCUACUACUGACCAGGUCAUCAUGGCCUUGAACCACGCAACCCUCACUUCAGCCCCUCACUUCAACAUCAGCCCUCCUUCGCACGCCGUCUCACACACUCUGGUAUCAUCCAGCCCCCUCAUGUCCUCUACCCCCUUUCCCAACUCCCUCACUUCCUUCAGUCCUAUAGAGACCAUCAUGAGUAACAAUAGUGGAACCAUAGGGGGUGCCCUUAUCCUCACCAUCGUCUUCCUCCUUGGUGUUCCUGGCAACCUGUUUGUCAUCUGGAGCAUCAUGGCCCGGGCACGCCGCCGCUCCGUCACCACCCUCCUAAUCCUCAACCUGGCCUGUGCAGAUGGAAUGCUCAUGGUGCUGACGCCCUUCUUCAUCGUCUACCUGGUCAAGAGAGGCUGGGUCUUCGGCCUUCCCAUGUGCAAGGUGACUUUCUACCUCUGCUGUGCCAACAUGUAUGCUUCCAUAUUCCUGAUCACACUGAUGAGCCUGUACAGGCUGGUGGCGGUGGUGUGGCCGCGGCACCUCAGGGGAUUGACCUCUCGGAGGAUGAUGGUACGGGUACUGCUGGUGAUUUGGUUUCUGGCCCUAGCUCUGGCUGUACCUGUUUUGAUCUUUAGAGAACUGACCCCGAGGACAACUGAGGAGACUCAAAACAGUGGGGUGAAGAGCCUGGUGUGUGACUGCAAGCACAGUCAUAUGGGAUAUGUUAUAAUGCAGUACGGUAUGGAGACAUUGCUGGGGUUCUUGCUGCCGUAUGCGUUGGUCCUGGGCAGUUACCUGUGCAUCCUCCGCAAAAUUCGCAAGACAAAGUUCCAGAGGCGCAUACGCAGCGAGAAACUAAUUCUGGCCAUCGUCAUCACCUUCUGCCUCUUCUGGCUGCCCUACCAUAUUAUCAACAUGGUGCAGGUCGCGGAGGCGUUAUCCCCAGCAAACUCUCCUUUAAAAAAAAAGCUAAAUCAUUUCUGGACGUCUCUGCGGGCGCUUACUUCCACAGUGGCCUUCGUCAGCAGCUGUUUUAACCCUGUCCUCUAUACCCUGGUGGGGAAGGCCUACAUCCGAUCUGCAGGACUGGCCUUCAUGGCACGUCUCUUUGAGGCUACAGGCCUUGACCCAACAUCCCGCAAAGCCCGACAGAGCAGCCAGAACAGCCGGGAUCGCAACGCGGACAAAGAAGAGAACGAGGAGCUCCGCAAUAAAGAAACUGAUUCCACCACGAGCGGCAACGCCAGCUCCAGUGUCAAAGUCGUACCCAUAAAAAAUGGGAAGUAGCUGUAUUUAGGACUGGACUGGACUAAUGUUCAUUCAUUGGACUGUAGUGCAUACGGUUCACUUUAGUUUUCCUGCCGCCAAACCAGCCAGUUUUCUCUGGCCAUUGUUGCACUGUUUUGCAGGAACUGCUGUGAGAUUAGACAGACUUUGUAGAAUGCUGGCAAAAAUCCCGUUCAAUCUAAUGACAGAUCGUAGCACUCAAUUAUUACAAAUAAUUGGAGUGAUGUCAUAGAGAAACCACUUAGAGGUUCACUAAAGCGUCUUUCAGUGAAUGAUUCUCCAUUAAGGAAUCAAGAGUGGUUUUUGAGUGGCUGCAACAAAACAGACUGGCUUAGUAGUGUAGAGUUUGAGUGGCAAGUGUGCUACAAUCUCUGGCUUUGCAGGGGAUUUCCACCAUUUUCUGCGUAAUUAAAUUAAGAGAGGUUUGACGUGAAAUCUUCUAGGGAAACCUUUUAAGUCAGGCAUUCUCAGAUAAGUAGUGUAGCAUUUUAGGUAGCAUCUCUAAAUUUCUGAUUUGGUUGAAUGAGAUUUUUGCCUCAGGUCAAUUAGAGUUGUCACUUUAGCUGGUCUCCCUAUUGGGUAACAUGAUGCAACUGUUCUGGCCAGAAAAACAUGAAUAUGCCUGGACAUGGAUUCUACAGGAUGUGGGAUGCCAGAAAUAUUGUACCGUGUAGAAAUAUUUGCAUAACUCAAUUGCUGCAAAUUGGAUGACUCUACAGCCUCCCUGAGGACAUUUUCUUCUCAAAGAUGUGCCAGAAAAAACACCCACAUCUCCAGGCCUGUGCUGUUCACCAAAGAGGACGCUUGCACUGACUCAUGUUGCUCUAAUUUCCGAUCUUUCCAUCAUCAUGAUGCACACGGACCCAGGAUAUGUCAGACCAGACAGUGCUUUCCACUCCUCUGUGGUCCAUUUUUGAUGCCCUUUAGCCCACUGGAGAUGCUGUUUUGCCUUCUUUGGUUCUUAGCAUCAACAUACAACACUGUAUUCGGCUGUUUUAGCCCAAUCAGGCCAAACUCUGAUAUGUGAUCAAAGUGCCGUGAUGAUGUUCUGAACAGGUUGAAUGAUGUUAUUUGCCUGACUGUGGUCCAUCUGUUUCAUUGCUCAAUUCUUUACUACCGUUCUUUGAUCCCACUGAUCCUCAAGCUGGUAAGUUUGGUAGUUCUAGUAGCUUUUCAUGACGUUCUUGGUAAACCAUUGAAAUGGUUUUGUGUGAAAAGCCCAGACUGGCAGUUUGGAGAAUGCUAGAACUGGUAUGCCUAGUGUUACCUAGCUAAGGUCACUUGCUUUGCCCGUUUCAAUGUUCGGUUGAACACUAACCGAUGCCAGAAACACUGGUUUGCCAUAUUUAUACAAUAUUGCAAUCAUCAUGACUUGUUUAAAUGUAUAUUUUGUACAGUUUUACAUGUAGGGUGUGACAAAUAAAAGGACAUCUCAAUUUA